AUGCUCGACGGAGUCUCCGCUUCCCACAACCACAUGCAGAGCUCGUCGCGAUCUCAAUACGGCGUCAACACAGUCGCCUUUCCACCUUACAGAGCUGCGUUCCUGCUCUGUCAGAACUACGAGGUCAAUCUGGACAGCAUUUGCCAUAUCUUGCACAAGCCGUCCCUCCGACAGAAUACCGAGUCAUUCUACCUCAAACUUAGCCAGAACGAGCCCGUCCCUCUGGGCCAAGCGGCGCUAUUGCUCGCCAUCUUUGCACUAUCUUCGUUCUUUUAUGAACCGUCACCUCACUCAGAAGUAGCAAGAUAUGAUCAUGAGCCUACAAAUCUGUCAAGGAUAUUCAUUAGCAGCGCACUGGAUGUGUUGGGCCAUUCGAGCCGCACCUCUUCUGGAUGCCUUGAAGACGUUCAGGCUCACAUUAUCAUGUCUUUCGCCGUAAAUCAACACGAAGGUUUCUCAUCACGAGGCCGUCUUCAUGUUGGAGCCGCUGUGGCGUUGUCCCGGGAUCUGGGCCUCCAUAAGAUCGAUUCAAACGCCACCUCGGGGUCAGAGUACCAAUACAGUGCUCGCAUCAGGAUAGAUCGCGAGAUUAAGCGUCGUGUCUUCUGGUAUCUAGCGGCUACUGACUGGUAUACUUGCCCCCCUUGCUUUGGAUCUCCGUAUACUGAUUAUUAUGACAGGUUGGCUGCGUCCAUCUCUGGCCCGCAGUCGGGAAUGUACUUUAUUCAUCCAGCACAAAUAAGUGUGAGACUUCCAAAGGACUGCAAUGAUGACACAUUCCUCCUGUGCGACGAUGACAGUCCUGUGUCAACAGAUCGACCUACCAGCAUGUCACACUUGUUAGAGAGAGUGAGACUGGCCCAUAUUUGCCGCGAGAUGGUUGAAUACCUACCGCUGGAAAUAUCAAAACUCCAGCAGGUACCCUAUGAGCAUAUCGUGGCCCUGGAUCAGAAGCUAGUGGACUAUCUGUCAACCCUGCCGUUCUACUUCAGGCUCGAUGUCGAGAGUCGCCGCCGAAGCAGGCCCCUUGAGGAUAUCGACCAGAAUAUAACAAUGCUUCGCUUUUGUAUCACAAGAGCAGCACUUAGCAGACGGAUCAAGCUUCAUCAGUGUUUUCUUGGACGACAAUCCGACGAUCCGCGGUACGCCUACUCAAGACAAGCCUGUCUCGAUUCGGCGCAAACCGUCAUGCAGUUCUACGACGGCCUAGCAGACCAUCACAAUGCCUUUAUUGUCUCCGGACGCAUGGCCAUAGCGGCACACUACAUGCAUCUUGCCAUGGGAGUUCUCGUCAUGGACCUGUGCUUGAACAAAAACUCGGCAGACGAGGUCCAAAUCAAGGCCCAAGUCAAAGCAGGCUUGAAAAUGUUUGAGGAUGCGAGGCAGAGAACUCCGUUGCUUGGGCAAUUCCUAACUUCCUUGCAGCAAAUCUUGGAGAAGCACCAAGUAUACCUCAACGACAAUACGAUACCCACGACCGUCACUACAUGGGAUGUUGGGAAAACUCAUGACAGUGGCUCGGAGGGCCUGAAUGGAGCUGUCAAGGUACAGCUGCCCCCAGCAACGCUGCACUUGCCGGAGUCCCAGGCACUCGACUUCGACACGUAUUUCGAUGACUUUUGGCAGAACACGAUCCAGGCGGACCUAAACCCAGAGCUGGCAGCCUGGGACAGUCUUUUCUCGGCGCUCGAUUCGCGGCCUAUAUAG